AACCUUCGACUUCCGCUCCAGUGAAAACAAGCCGAUCAGCUGAUCUGACCUGGCAACAACAUUCACCCAAAUCUACCGGGGAGGGCAAUCAUUUUACAAGCUGGUGGGGAAAAAACAGUUAUCUUGACAUUAACCGGCUUAAUUAAUUUGUGUUUAUCAAAGGGUCGUUGUCGUUUGCGAGGUUUCAGGGAAUUCAGAAGCUUGUUUGAUGAAAAUUGCGGUGUGAUUCUGGCUCGAAAUCAGCUUGUUUUGUUCGGUCAAAGCUGAGUUGACCAAUGUGUUGUUGGGUGUACAUAUUUUAAGGACAGUCUGUACGAUACUAAACAAUUAUUAAUUCCGCUGCAUUAGUCAUUUCUAACCCCCUAGUGUUUGUAGUCUUUGAAAUUUGAGGUGUUUUUACAGGCACGUAUGCUAAGAUUAGCUAGCUUGAGUAACAAAGCCCAGGACGAUAACAACACCCGAAUGUAACGUUAGCUAUUUUCUUAGUGUUUACAUCUGCCAAUAAAUACAUGUCGAUUGUUGUCGCUUGUAGUUUGUAAGUUUAGACUGCUUGAUCACUUUAAAAUCAACCAGAAGUCUAACUUAGUGCCAGUGCUAUACGGAUAUCAACUGAUCUAUUUAUAGUUCAUAUUGAAUGUUUGAUUUUAAGCCAAUGUCAUAAUUUGACACCACAUUUCGAAUUCCAAUGAAUUUCAAGGCAAACGAGUAAGAGAUUUUGCUUAAGAUCUCAUAUGCAUCAUAUUUGAGGCAUUAUAUUUAAUCUCUCUUGUUAGUUGUACAUUUAGAUUGAUUUCUACUAUAGCAACUUUGAGGAAUAUCUAGUCAGUAUUUUUCUGAAGGAUUUUAGUAUUUUAAAUUCGGUCGCUUCCGUUCGGUCCGCUACCUCUCUGUUAUAUUCAGACGUAUAAUGAGCAGUCAGGGGCCGUCGGUGGAGAAGGGGGUGAACGGCGUCCUGGUUUGUCAGGAGAGUUACGCCUGCGGUGGCUCGGACGAGGCCGCCUUCGAGUGCGACGAGUGCGGCAGCCUGCAGUGCGUGCGCUGCGAGCUGGAGCUCCACUGUCAGGAGCGCAUGAGGAACCACGACAGGAUCCGGAUCUCACCUGGACACGUACCCUACUGCGAUUCAUGUAAAGGGGACGGGGGCGUUCCGAACGGGGGUCGCCUGAGAGCAGUGGUCCGCUGUCAGGGAUGUAAAAUCAACCUGUGUUUGGACUGUCAGAAGCGGACUCACAGCGGGGUCAGUAAAAGAAAGCACCCUCUCAUCGUCUACCCUCCCUCGAAACCCGCGGAGAACUGCAGCACUGGAGAUGAACAGCUGGAUGCGUUGAAAGCUAAACUGGAGCAAGUCACCAGCUUUCUUCUAGUGGAUGAAAAGGAAGAUAUGCAAGUGAAGGAUGAGGAGGAGUUCGUGAGGAAAUUAGCCUGCAGGCCCGAGGAGCUCUUGAAGGUGGUGUCCAUUUUCGGCAACACUGGAGAAGGCAAAUCCCACACCCUCAAUCACACUUUCUUUUUGGGUCGUGAAGUUUUCAAGACAUCUCCAACCCAGGAAUCCUGCACCGUUGGGGUGUGGGCAGCACUGGACCCUGUCCAUAGUGUGGUGGUUGUUGACACAGAGGGACUCCUGGGGGCAGGAACUAACCAAGGACAGCGAACCCGCCUCCUCCUGAAGGUGCUUGCCGUCUCUGAUCUGGUCAUCUAUCGGACCCAUGCCGACCGGCUACAUGAUGAUCUUUUCAAGUUUCUUGGAGAUGCAUCAGAUGCGUAUCUAAAACAUUUCACAAAGGAGCUGAAAGCCACAACUGCACGCUGUGGUUUGGAUGUGCCCCUUUCGACUUUGGGUCCUGCUGUUAUAAUCUUCCAUGAGACAGUCCACACCAAGUUAUUAGGCUCAGACAAGCCAUCAGAAUCAGCUGAGCGGCUUCUUCAGGAACGUUUCAGAAAGCUUGGCCUCUUUCCGGAAGCAUUCAGCUCUAUUCAGUACCGGGGCACUCGAACCCACAACCCCCCGACUGACUUCAGCGGUCUGCUGCGCAGCAUGGAGCAGCAGUUAGACAACAACACUACACGAUCUCCACGGUCUGCCGGUGUCAUCUAUAAAGCCUUGCAGGCUUUGAGUGAGUGCUUCAGUGGAGAGAUUCCUGAUGAGCAUCUGGCAAGCAACUCUUUUUUUCCAGAUGAAUACUUUACCUGCUCCAGCAUCUGCCUCAGCUGUGGCUCAGGCUGUAAAAACAGCAUGAAUCACCUACGAGAGGGUGUGGUGCAUGAGGCCAAACACCGCUGUCGCUAUUCAGUCCACUAUGAUAAUCGCAUCUAUACCUGCAAGGCUUGUUAUGAAAGUGGCAAAGAGGUGAUUGUGGUUCCGAAGACGACAGCAUCCUCUGACUCACCAUGGUUUGGCUUGGCCAUAUACGCCUGGUCCGGAUAUGUGAUCGAGUGUCCUAACUGUUCGGUGAUCUAUAGAAGUAGGCAGUACUGGUAUGGAAACCAGGACCCUGUUGAUACAGUGGUUAGGACUGAGAUCCAGCAUGUCUGGCCAGGGUCUGAUGGAUUCCUGAAGGACAAUAACAACGCUGCGCAAAGGCUGCUGGAUGGUGUGAACUAUAUGGCUCAGUCUGUUUCAGAGCUAAGCGUCAAGCCUGCCAAAGCUGUCACUGCCUGGUUAACAGACCAGAUUGCCCCAGCUUACUGGAAGCCCAAUUCUCUCAUCAUUAGAUGUAAAAACUGUGGAGUGGCAUUCCAAGAUAAUGAUACAAAGCACCACUGUCGGGCUUGUGGAGAUGGUUUCUGUAAUGGUUGCUCCUCUAAGACACGGCCAGUCCCUGAGAGAGGUUGGGGCCUGGCGCCUGUGCGAGUCUGUGAUGCCUGCUUUCAAAACAGAGGAAUCUCAGAAGAACUACUGGAUGCAGCGCUGGAAGAGGAGCAAGGUGGGACUCUGAUCGCCAGGAAGGUGGGAGAAGCUGUUCAGAACACAUUAGGAGCGGUAGUCACUGCUAUAGACAUCCCUCUUGGUCUGGUAAAAGACGCCGCCCGUCCAGCAUACUGGGUCCCUGACCAAGACAUCCGUUGCUGCCACCAGUGCCAGCGUGAGUUUAAUGCCCGUCUCUCUAUUCAUCACUGCCGUGCAUGUGGAGAAGGAGUAUGUAACGACUGCUCCCCUGAUCGCCGGGCCGUGCCCUCCAGGGGUUGGGACCAUCCUGUGCGGGUGUGCAUCACCUGCAACCAGAAAUCUGGAGAGCUCUAGCAGAAGCGAACAUCACUCCACAUUAUAAGACACCACCUUAUGUGGCCACAGUGCUUCAGGAUGGGUUGGGAGGGAAAAAAGCACUGCUCUCGAACCAAUGAAUGAUUGUUUGAGAGGAACAUCUCUGCUUUUUGUCCCAACACUUCAUUCACGUCAUGCUCCUCAGCUCUACAUAAGCUGUUCACAGUUUAAUAUAUGUAAUGGCCUAUGUAUUUUCUUCUUUUAAAGGUAAAAUCCAGCAAGAAAAUAAAUCUGUCAAACCCUC